CCAGUCUGUGUGCUGUGGGUGUGGGUGUUUGUCUCCCUGUAUCCGCCUUCUCUCCCAUCCUGGACUUUUAGCCUUCCGGGCUCACCCCUCCUCAUGUCUUGCCUCCUCCCUCACGGGGUUCAAAGUGGGUGCCCUGGUGGAUGAGAGGGACACACUCCAGGACCUAUUCCAACCCCAGAUGCUGCCUGAGGCUUCCCUACAGCUCCCCCUCCCUUCCUUUCCUCUCUUUUCCUCCCUCCCUCUCUUUCCCUUCCUCCUCCCCCCCCUCAAGGCUGGCGUGCCAGGGGGUGGGACAUGCCAAUCACUGGCUGUGCCUCUCCCGCUGCCAGCGCAGGGCGCAGCUCCCCCCGGGGAGCCAGGUGUUUGGGUCCCAGAAGACACCAACGGCCCCGGAGAAGCAGAUGAGCUAAAGACCCUACAGACCCUUCUCCAACCCCAUGGUGAAGCCCCUUCUCUGAGGAAACGCUCACUGUGACUGGAGGAAGGGGCUCUGGCUCUCAUCCCACCCAGCCAUCAUGAACACCUCAGCGCCCCCUGCCGUCAGCCCCAACAUCACCGUCCUGGCACCGGGAAAAGGUCCCUGGCAAGUAGCCUUUAUUGGGAUCACCACGGGCCUCCUGUCUUUGGCCACAGUGACAGGCAACCUGCUGGUUCUCAUCUCCUUCAAGGUCAACACCGAGCUCAAGACGGUCAAUAAUUACUUCCUGCUCAGCCUGGCCUGCGCAGACCUCAUCAUUGGCACCUUCUCCAUGAACCUCUACACCACAUACCUGCUCAUGGGCCACUGGGCCCUGGGCACACUGGCCUGUGACCUCUGGCUGGCCUUGGACUAUGUGGCCAGCAAUGCCUCCGUCAUGAAUCUGCUGCUCAUCAGCUUUGAUCGCUAUUUCUCGGUGACCCGGCCUUUGAGCUACCGUGCCAAGCGCACCCCUCGCCGGGCAGCUCUGAUGAUCAGCCUGGCCUGGCUGGUUUCCUUUGUCCUCUGGGCCCCGGCUAUCCUCUUCUGGCAGUACCUGGUAGGGAAGCGGACAGUACUGGCCGGGGAGUGCUACAUCCAGUUUCUCUCCCAACCCAUCAUCACCUUCGGCACAGCCAUGGCCGCCUUCUACCUCCCCGUCACAGUCAUGUGCACGCUCUACUGGCGCAUUUACCGGGAGACGGAGAACCGGGCCCGGGAGCUGGCGGCCCUGCAGGGCUCUGAGACCCCAGGCAAAGGGGGUGGCAGCAGCAGCAGCUCCGAGAGAUCUCAGCCAGGGGCAGAGGGCUCCCCAGACACCCCUCCGGGCCGCUGCUGUCCAUGCUGCCGGACCCCCAGGCUGCUGCAGGCCUACAGCUGGAAAGAGGAAGAGGAAGAGGACGAAGGCUCCAUGGAGUCCCUCACCUCCUCCGAGGGAGAGGAGCCUGGCUCCGAAGUAGUGAUCAAGAUGCCCAUGGUGGACCCUGAAGCCCAGGCUCCCACCAAACAGCCCCCCAAGACCUCCCCGAAUACAGUCAAGAGGCCCACCCGGAAAGGGAGGGAUCGAUCGGGCAAAAGCCAGAAGCCCCGUGGGAAGGAGCAGCUGAGCAAGCGGAAGACUUUCUCCCUGGUCAAGGAGAAGAAGGCGGCUCGGACCCUGAGUGCCAUCCUGCUGGCCUUCAUCCUCACCUGGACACCCUACAACAUCAUGGUGCUGGUGUCCACGUUCUGCAAGGACUGCGUCCCCGAGACCCUGUGGGAGCUGGGCUACUGGCUGUGCUACGUCAACAGCACCAUCAACCCCAUGUGCUACGCACUCUGUAACAAAGCCUUCCGGGACACCUUCCGCCUGCUGCUGCUCUGCCGCUGGGACAAGCGACGCUGGCGCAAGAUCCCCAAACGCCCCGGCUCUGUGCACCGCACCCCCUCCCGCCAAUGCUGAUGG